AUGAGUCUCUCGCAGAUAUCACCUUUGCCGCAUAUCAAAGAUGUUGUUUUAGGAGAUACAGUGGGCCAGGGCGCAUUUGCCUGCGUUAAAAAUGCCCAUCUUCAAAUGGAUCCCUCCAUUAUUCUGGCCGUCAAAUUUGUUCAUGUUCCAACCUGCAAAAAAAUGGGACUCAGUGACAAGGACAUUACAAAAGAAGUUGUUUUGCAAUCGAAAUGUUCUAAGCAUCCUAAUGUUUUGAGACUCAUCGAUUGUAAUGUCUCGAAAGAAUAUAUGUGGAUAAUACUGGAGAUGGCAGAUGGUGGUGACCUAUUCGAUAAGAUUGAACCUGACAUCGGAGUCGAUUCUGAUGUGGCCCAAUUUUACUUUCAACAGCUUGUUAGUGCUAUUAAUUACCUGCACAUAGAAUGUGGAGUUGCACAUCGAGACAUCAAGCCUGAAAAUAUUUUACUCGAUAAAAAUGGAAAUUUGAAGCUAGCUGAUUUUGGGCUUGCCUCCAAAUUCAAGAGGAAAGAUGGUACAUUACGUAUAUCCAUGGAUCAAAGGGGGUCUCCUCCCUACAUGGCCCCUGAAGUAUUAUAUUCUGAAGAGGGUUAUUACGCAGAUCGAACAGACGUAUGGUCUAUUGGUAUCCUCUUGUUCGUUUUGUUGACUGGCCAAACGCCUUGGGAAAUACCUUCAUUAGAAAACGAAGAUUUUGUCUUCUUUAUUGAAAAUGAUGGAAAUUUAAACUUGGGACCCUGGUCAAAGAUAGAAUUUACUCACUUAAACCUACUCCGAAAAAUUCUACAACCUGACCCAAAUAAGAGGGUGACACUGAAUGCUUUAAAGUUACACCCUUGGGUAUUACGUCGAGUUUCGUUUUCUGGAGAUGAUGGCCUCUGUAACGACCCUGAACUCUUGGCUAAAAAACUGUUUUCUCAUCUAAAAGUCUCACUGAGUAACGAAAAUUAUUUGAAGUUCACUCAAGAUGUGAACUCUAACAACAAGUACAUUUCCACUCAACCAAUUGGUAACGAGUUGGCUGAACUCGAACACGAUUCAGCGCAUUUCAAGGCAGUUUCGAAUACACAGCGUGCGUUCACUUUAUAUGAUUCAAAUAUGAACGAUAAUAGCGGUACAUUUAUGACGCAAGAGGCUAAGUGGACGCAAUUCAUAAGCCAUGAUAUAGCUGCUUUACAGUUUCAUUCUGAUGAAAAUAACUGUACUGAAUUACUUAAACGCCGUUUACAAUUCAAUCCGAAUAAACUUACUAAAUUUUAUACUAUGCAACCUAUGGAUAUUUUGCUACCGAUUUUGGAGAAAGCUUUGACUUUAUCUCAUAUUAGAGUAAAGCCCGAUCUUUUUGCAAAUUUUGAAAGGUUGUGCGAAUCAUUGAGCUAUGAUAACGUUUUCCCGCUCAUUAUAAAUAUUAAAACCAAAAGUAAUGGGGGUUAUCAAUUAUCUGGUAGCAUUUCCAUCAUCAAGAUUGAAGAAGAGUUAAAAAAUGUCGGAUUUGAAAGAAAAACUGGUGACCCUUUAGAAUGGAGAAGAUUGUUCAAAAAAAUUUCAAUUAUUUGUAGGGAUAUUAUCCUAAUUCCUAACUAA